AUGGCGAGCCUCGAAAUUGCUGAGGACGAGGCUUCGGCCAACUUGGCCAUGAUAUCGAAUGAGGAAUACAAGAUAUGGAAGAAGAACUCGCCGUUUCUGUACGACAUGGUCGUCACACACGCGAUGGAAUGGCCGUCACUGACGAUCCAAUGGCUUCCAGACAAGGAGGUGUUUGCCGACAAGGGCUUUGUGCGUCACCGGCUCCUUCUUGGGACCCACACGUCUGGUCAGGAUAACAACUAUGUGCAGUUUGCGACGGUCAACCUGCCGCUCACCGAGCGCGACGGCGCGGAGACGAAGCUGGAUAUGAAAGACUAUGACGACGAAAAAAACGAGAUUGGCUCCUACUCAUCGACCUCCCCUCGCCUGCAGAUUACACAGAGGAUUAAUCACGAGGGAGAGGUUAACCGCGCUCGCUACUGCCCGCAGAACUGCGACUUGAUCGCCACGCGCGCGGUGAACGGCCUCACGUACAUUUUUGACCGUACCAAGCACAGCAACCAGCCAGACAGCAACGGUGUAGCGCGUCCUGAUAUUUCGCUGAUGGGGCAGACCAAGGAGGGGUACGGCGUUGCGUGGAACCCGAUCGCCCAAGGUCACAUUCUGUCCGCGUCUGAGGACACGACUGUGUGCCACUGGGAUAUUAGCGCGUACCAAAACGGGCAAAAAGAAAUGGAGCCGCUCAAGGUCUAUCACGGACAUACGGCUGCAGUGGAGGACGUAGCCUGGCACCACUUCCACGAGCAUCUAUUUGCGUCCGCGGGUGACGAUCGCCAGAUGCUGCUUUGGGAUACGCGCGAGACGGGCGACUCGCCAAAGCACAGGGUGGAGGCGCACAGUGGCGAGGUGAAUACAGUCGCAUUCAGCCCCGCCAGCGAGUACAUUGUCGCCACCGGCUCGAGCGACAAAACUGUCGGAUUGUGGGACCUGCGCAAUCUGAGCGUUCGCCUCCAUUCGCUCGAGGCGCACACAGACGAAGUACUGCAGCUCGCUUGGUCGCCACACCAAGAGACUGUACUGAGCAGCGCUUCUGCUGACAGGCGCGUAAAUGUCUGGGACCUGUCCAAGAUUGGCGAGGAGCAAACUGCGGAAGAUGCCGAGGACGGCCCUGCGGAGCUCCUGUUUGUCCAUGGCGGGCAUACGAGUCGUCCCACAGACAUGGCAUGGAGUCCACAGGACCCAUGGAAGGUCGCGACUGCUGCCGAAGACAACAUUGUCAUGGUCUGGCAGCCUGCGUACGCCAUAGUCGAGCCCGCCGAAGCGGACCCCGACGCGGCGGCACUUGAGUGA